AUGGCAUUGAAUCAGCCCAGCCAAGCGAUCGAAGAAACGAAAGACAUCGGAAAAAAAGAGAUCAUAGAACUUGCUAAGGAGUGCCUUACGAGAUACAAAAACGUCAAAACAGACUUCGACAACGCGAAUGAGGAAGUAAAAACGAAGGAAUUGAGAGACGCGGUGAAAAAGCAGAGCAAAAUCCUCAAGGAGUGGAGAGACCAGUACAAGUUACUCCCAGAUUAUGCAAGCAUUCGCAAGAGCAAGUUCCUGAAAGAGUUUGAACUGACACGCCAAGAGGUAGAAAGAUGUCAAGGAACUCAGUAUCAAGUGGAGAAAGACCUGAUAAACAUACUCAAAGGCAUCAAAUCCGAGUUGUACUUUAUGGCCGGAAUCUUAGAAAGAAAUACAGAUGUGUCGGACUCAGACUCAGACUCAGAUUCAGACUCAGACUCGGACUCGGACUCGGACUCAAGUUUGGAUUCAGAUUCAGACGACGAUGGCACCACGGCAAAGUCAAGACUCCAGGAUUAUGUAAACUCUUUGACUCGGCACAACCAACAUCUUGCGCAGUUCACGGACAUCAUCAGUGAUAAGACGCCAGCUAAAGAAGGCGUAUCACCAAGACAAGCAACUGAAGAGCCUGCGACGAACACCGAAGACAGUGCAAUCGCAAAGCUUGCUCAAAGUUGCGUUCGGGACUACUUUGACGUCUUCGACCGAUUUGUGAUCGUCACAAAUGACUUGUUCUUGGCCUGGAUAGAACGUAACGAAGCAAAAUCUGACGAGAAGAUUACGAAACUACAGGGUGUGACACUUGAUGACACAGAGAAGGUGUGUAUGGAGAAGAUUAAGUCACCAGGAUCUGUCUUCCACCAACUAACGGUUUUCUACAACUGGGCCAUUCGAAAUGGUGUGUUCAAGAACGGUGAAGAUUCGCUCGAUCACAAGCUUCGGAAGCCUACUCCAAACAUGAAGGACCCGUUACCAAACCAGCGCAUACUUUCUGAGCAGGGUGAAAUCAUAAUGGAGCAAUUUCGAAAUACCAAGACGACUUUGGGCUUGAUGUCUGAGAUUUUGACUGUAAAACUCAAGGCAGACGAAGACGUUUCAACCCCAGAAUCAGAUUCGGAAGAUAAUGUGUACGCUCCGGGUAUGGAACCAGUGCCAGAGCUCCGUCGGCAUGUGAAUAACCUCAUGUAUUAUAACGAAAAGCUUCUUCACAUGACGGAGACCCUUGGCGACCCGGGCCCAAGUGUUAAGAACAGUUAUAAAGUUGUCGAGAGCGAUGGAGACGUGGUCGAACCAGAGCACUCUUACACCGGGAACAGGGGAACAGGAAAGGCACCCAUUACAAGCUAG